CGUCAGCGAACCACGUGACCCUUUCUCCCCUCCUCCUGUACCAAGGCAGCUUCCGAAAAGGUUCUCCCCGAUGGGGAAGUUUAUCUCGUGUGUUUUUUAACCUUGUGUUUUCGUUUUCGUACACUUUGCAAAGUGUAUUGGCGUCACAAAUUGAGCGUGUGCGAAUCGCAUGGGAUUGAAUCGGAACAAUACCGUCGAAGCGGUCGAAGCCAUGGAAGGUGUUCGGAAGAGGAUGACUGAAGUGCAUUUCUCAGGAUUGCCUUCUCAAAGCAAUAUUUAUGGCAUGACGACGCUUACAAUGGGAUGGGACGUCAACAGUGUGCUCGUGUCGUGCCUGCAAAGGAAUGUCUUCUGCAUCGAAUAUACCCGCAGUGCGAGAAAUGUCAUGGUUCCCUCUACGAGGGAGGUUCAGUUUACUUAUCUGCCUGAAGGUGCAGAUGUGGUGGCAAUGGAUGCAUUCAGCAGGCCUUUAGGAAAUAGUUUGGAUGUCAUCAUCGGCAUCGCCUUUGUGCGGUCCGGGGAGAACCAGCCAUCAAAGCAGUACCUCAAUAUUUAUUCCCAAGGGGAGCCAGGCACUGGGGUGGAUCUUGACAAGAUAGCACAGGGAUGCCUCCAUUUGGAGUUGGAUUACAUUCCCUACCAGCUGACCCAUUCACAGUUAUUUUCAGACGAACAAGCAGGCAGGGAAACAGUCUUUCUCGUGAGCGGCUGUGACCGCAAGAUCCAUGUCUUUCGUGAGGAUGAGUCACACCAGUCAUACAGUGAAGUUCCCGUGGAGGAUCAUUUUCCAGAGUUUGUGGAUAUACCAGAUGUAGUUCUCUCCAUGGCCUUGAAGUAUGCAGAUGAUGACAGAAAACGCAUAUCUGCUUUCUGCUGUGAGGGUGGCCUUGUCAGAGUUGCUGUGACAGAAUUGCAGCGUGGCGAGCUUGUAGUGACAUCGUCGUGGGUGAAAGACAUUGAUUCCCCCCUGUCUGUGAUACAGAUUUUCAAGGACUCUGUAGUAAAGCCUAUUCCGGAAUUUCUUACGAAAGUGGGCAUUGCAAAAAGGGAAGGUUCAGGAGAAGAACCUAUCCACCUUCUUGUGGGAAACACGCUCGGGCCCUCACUUGUCUACAGGGACAUAUUGCAGCAGGGUCUCGACAAGUGUGCAGUGCUCCCACAUAGUGAGCACUUUGAUUCAGUCACCUGUGGUUGCAUAGCAGAUGUGGACAUGGAUGGAACGCAUGAAGUGGUCUUGGGGACCUAUGGCCAGGAGGUGCUUGUUUUCAAGCUGGAGGAUGAGCGGUAUGUGCCUCUAUGGCAGCAGACAGUGUCCCAUCCCGUCCUGUCCCUCAGAUACCUUGACAUCACAGGAGACGGACUUAGAGAACUGGUGGUUCUGUCCACAAAGGGGCUUCACAUUUUGCAGCAUGACCUCCAAGAAACUGCUGAAGUGUGCAUGGAGCGAAUACGAAAGUUGUGCAGACUGCAACGAUAAAUAUUUAUUUAUAAAAACACACGAACAAUGAUCGGGGAGUUACUUGAUCCUGUAUAGCAUCUUGCGCUGCAUUCGGUGCUGGAUUUCACCACGUCUGAUCAUGAAGUGCAAGACUUUGUGGAUCGCUCGCUCAGGGUAUUUCUGUAAUCAUAAUUUCAUAUUAAAGCACCUGUUUGUACAGAGCA